UGUUCCGAACUCAGUUAACACAGCUCUGCUCCACAAAUUGUCAUCUUCAACGCGAAAAACAUUAAAGAAAACGCAAAUUAGUCGAAAAUCGCAAUAUAAAAUACAUAAAGUGAGCUAAGAUACAUAGAUAUAAGUAGAGUAGAGGCUUGCAAGGUGCCGGCUACGUAGCAAACGGCUCCAUGCAGACGUAGCCUCAUUAUUGUUUGUGUAUUUACAUAUGAAUGUGUGUGUGUGCGUGUGUGACUGUUGGAACAAUAACAAGCCAACAAAAUGCCAAUGAAUUGUAACGGAACAGCGUUCAAUGCGGCCGCUGUCUUUGUGCCGCUGCAGCAGCAGAAGCAGCGAUGAAUCAUAGUCCGCAAUAAUCGUAACAACAAAAACAACAAUAUCAACGGCCGUGCCUUAAUAUCGAACGUAGAGCAAUAAAAAAACAAACAAAUACAAGCAAACGAAACGUUGGCAAAAUGCCGCUGCUGUCCAAAUGUUUUCCUUGCUUCAAAUUUAAACGUGAGGAGGUCAUAGACAAGCUGGACUACAGCAACACCCCGCUCCAAGAUGCCUUUCCCGAGGUCUGGCAACACGAGCGCACACUCGAGGAGCUGCACUUGAGCAAUGCAAGGCUGCAAACGCUUCCGCCGCAGCUCUUCUAUUGCCAAGGAUUGCGUGUCCUGCAAGUGAACAGCAAUAGUCUGGAGAGCAUACCACAGGCCAUCGGCUCACUGCGCCAACUGCAGCACUUGGAUCUGAACCGCAAUCUUAUUGUCAGUGUUCCGGAGGAGAUCAAAGCGUGCAAGCAUCUGACUCAUUUGGACCUCAGCUGCAACAGUCUGCAACGAUUGCCGGAUGCCAUCACGUCGCUGAUAUCGCUGCAGGAGCUGCUGUUGAAUGAGACCUACUUGGAGUUUUUGCCAGCCAACUUUGGGCGCUUGGUCAAUCUGCGCAUCUUGGAGGUGCGUCUCAACAAUCUCAUCACAUUGCCCAAGUCCAUGGUGCGAUUGAUAAGCCUGCAGCGGCUGGACAUUGGCGGCAAUGAGUUUACCGAGUUGCCUGAAGUCAUUGGCGAGCUGAAAUCACUGCGGGAACUGUGGAUCGAUUUCAAUCAAAUUCGACGCGUAUCGCCUAAUAUUGGCAAACUGCGUGAGCUGCAGCAUUUUGAGGCCAAUGGCAAUCUGUUGGAUGCGCUGCCCAAUGAACUGAGCAAUUGGCGCAAUGUCGAGGUGUUAUCCGUGUGCUCCAACAAUCUGGAAGCAUUCCCCUUUAGUGUGGGCAUGCUAAAGUCGCUAGUCACCUUCAAGUGCGAGUCAAACGGUCUCACUGAGCUGCCGGACAGCAUAAGCUACCUGGAACAGCUGGAGGAGCUGGUGCUGAGCCACAACAAGCUGAUGCGUUUACCCAACACAAUUGGCUCCUUGGUGAAACUGCGCUUCCUCUUUGCCGACGACAAUCAACUACGCCAGCUGCCCGACGAGCUCUGCAGCUGCAGCCAAUUGAGCGUUCUCAGUGUGGCCAACAAUCAGCUAUCAGCAUUGCCACAAAAUAUUGGCCAUCUGUCCAAGCUGAAGGUGCUUAAUGUAGUUAAUAACUACAUUAAUGCGCUGCCAGUUUCAAUGCUGAGUCUGGUGAAUCUCACAUCGCUGUGGCUAAGCGACAAUCAAUCGCAACCCCUGGUCCCACUGCAGUACUUGGAUGCGAGCAAUAAAACGCAGCUGACGUGCUUCAUGCUGCCCCAAGUCACAUUCAAGAUGCAGGCACAGCAGCAGCAACAACAGGUGCAGGAGCAAUACGAAUUCGUCUAUGCCAACAACCAUCAGCAGCAGCAACAGCCACAGCAGCCAUCGAGUCCAUCGCGUCGCAUUUGCUUCGCCGAGGAGGCGACCAUAUUGAGUGCCGGUAACAACAGCAGCUCUGCCGCCCCACAACCUGCACCCAGCUACACCAGCCAACCCAGCAGCUAUGUGGCAGCACCGCCACACACACCAGAGCAACUGCCUGCUGGCAGUUCGGUGCGUUUGAUGCGCUCGCCCACGCCGUAUCCCAAAGAGCUGCGGCAAAUGGCCAAAUACAUGCGGCAGGCGCAGGCGGCGAAUGCGGCAGCAGGCGGGGCGAGUGAAGUGCGCGAGGCGCGUGUUGUGGUUCCCAAUGGCCAGGUGGCCAUGCCACACUGUGAUAGCAAUCAGGACGCUGUGGAUCAUGCCACAGCAAGUGCAAUAUACGGCGUUGCGACCGGCGAUCCAGCGCACAUCUAUGGCGUCUACCAGCAGCCGCUUCCGCAGGCACAGCCAACAACGCAGGAGUAUUACGGACUGCCGCUGGUCAACUACGAUGCCCACUAUCAGCAGCUGUAUGUGGAUGCCAAUGCCAUGCCGUUGCCUACGACGCAUUUGUCAAAUGGCGACCAGAGCUACGAACUGCAGCCGCUGCAGCCUCAAACAGUUGUGGCGCCACCUCGCAUGGAGCCACCGCCUUAUCAUAUAGCGCGUGUGUACACAAAGAAGACGCCCGAGGAUCUGACACUGUACGAAUCCAUGCGUCAGCGUAAGCAGCAGCAACAGCUGCAACAACAACAACAGCCACCAAUGUCGCCUACACAAUCACUGUACGAGCAGAGCAAUAGCUAUCAAGAUGCACUCAAUAGUAAUUUCAAGACAACAGCAAUUGGCGCCCAAACGGAAGAGCUUGACUAUCAGAACAACAUCAACAGCAGCGAGCAUAAUGAUCUGCCUCCGCCUCCGGCGGCUAAUGACGAAGAGCAACAGCAGGAAACAGAGAUGGCCAUGGAAAUGGACGAUACGUUAUCACAGCAUUCAUUGAACUCCACAGCGACCAACAACACAUCCAAGGGCAGCAAUAAGAAAUCCACAUGGAUCUUUGGGGUGCACAAGAAUCCCACUGUGAAGCAGGUGACCCUCAAAUGGGAGAACAGCAUUGGCUUUGAUGUGGCCGAACUGCUAAAUCAGGUGGGCAUCUUUGUAAGUGCAAUUACCCCCAAUUCGAGUGCCGCGCGACUGCUGAGCCUGAACGAUAAAUUAUUGGAAAUCGACGGCUAUGACCUGACCAAUGCCAAUCUGAGCGAUGCCAAACGUGUGCUGCUUAACUGCGGCACAGUUAUAAAUAUAAUGCUGUCACGAAAGUGAUAUCAAGUUUAUAGCACUUCCUCCACAAUCCACUCCGAACCGAGACCGAAGACUUUUGCGCAUUUUUUCUAAAGCAAUUUAAAAUAACGCUAAUAUAAAUCAACCUACCAUUAGCAUUUAGCAAAAACUGCAUUUUCAAGCCAUAGACGUCCUUUGCACUGGCGCCACAAAUGCUUUUCUUUGACUCAAGAUUAUCUACUCCUAUCACGAAACAAUAUUAUCAAUCUUCCAGUUGUUGCAUUUCAUUUAGUUAUCAUCUAUUUCAACUGCCAUUUUAAUAAUGUACGUAGUGGACUUCUAUGUACUACUGAGUUCUGUUUAUUUUGGGUUUAAACACAUUCUUCAUUCAUACGAAACACAAGUAUUUUAAGUAUUCGAAAUCUAAUUUAAGUCAUAUAAAUUUCCUAACUAUAUAAGUAGUGCUCUAUAAGCCUUUAAAAAACACGAAACGAAAAAACACAUAUUUAAGCUUGUUACAUGAAGUUGAUAUAACCUGAUGACUUGAUGAAAUUAUGUUUAUUAGGUAAUAUGUUAAGGAAUAAUGAGGUUUCAGUUAUAGAUUGUUAAAAUAUGGACCAGUAUUCGAUUGGUAUUGAAAGUGAAGCAAUAUUAUUAUUUCUGUGUAUUCGAAUUGAUCAUUAAUCUCAUGAAUUCAUUAAAGAUAUUUAUUUGUAUCAAACUUGAUAGUUUACUUAAAUCAUGUACAACAUAUUAAUAAUGUGGUUUUGACCCUCUUUAAGUUUAUGUUUAAUCCCAACGUUGUGCUCUUUUUUUUCAACAGCCAGUGUAAUUCAUAGUAUACAUCUAAAAAUAGAAAUCUAAUAAUAAAUAGUGCAAUUAGCGUUGAUUAUACGUACAUACAAUUACGAGUACCAUAUAGACAGCAUUUACAAACAUAAUCGCAUAUGCAUUUACUGCAUGUGUGGUGUUCUUAUAGGAUUUACAUACAUACAUAAUAACUUAAUAAUAAUAUGAAAUUUACGAGCGUAUA